AUGUUAAUCAACAUGACGCCACGUCUGAAGCGCUGCAUCAUAAAUUGUCUGAAUUUAAUUCUCCUGACUUUGAUUCUGAUCUAUGUGCUGAACAUUCGACGCAUCUACAAAAUGGAAACGAAGUAUCAACCAGCCAACUGUUUCCUUAACAAGAAUGAGUUAGACGACUCUCUUGGAAUUCCACUGGAGGAUGUGCUGCUAUCCGAAGUGGAACCAAUAAUUGAAAGCACCAUUUUCUUCAUCGAUACGAGCUGUCCUUCGAAUGGCAACAUCUUAGAGUUGACUGCACGCCAAGCAUGUGCCAUUGAAUCUGCGGCCUUCAAUAAUGACAUUUACCAAAUAUUUGUGCUCUUCGCCAGUCCCAGAUAUCAGCAACAGGAGGGAAACAGACAUCCGCUGAUUGAUGCCAUCUUAAGCUAUCCCAAUGUCCAUUUGCGUCAAGUGAAUCUAAUGCGUUACGGUGCCGGCACGCCCAUUGAGGAUUGGCUGAAGAAGGGUGAGCUCUUCAAAUCGAGCUAUCUGAGUUCACAUCUGGCGGAUGUGUUGCGCUUACUUACGCUCUAUCGCUUUGGUGGCAUCUGUGUGCACCUGGACUCAAUGAUAUUGAAUACUGUGACGGUAUUGCCGUUGAAUUAUGCGGGUGCCGAUCUUGAUAACCAAAUUUCCACCGCUAUGCUGAGCUUGACCUCGACUGGAUUUGGGCAUCAGUUUUCCGGAGAUUGUUUGCGCGACCUUCAGCAGAGUUUCGAUGCCAACAACAGACACACGAGUGGACGAGAUGUCAUCACACGUGCUCUGCAGCGAGCUUGUGGCACAUUCAACGUUGCCGAGAUGCGGAAUAAUCCAAGGGGCUGUCAAAGCUUUCAACUGUAUAAUCACACACAAUUCUUACCGAUCAAACCCGCAGAUUGGCGCCAACUGUUUGAGGAAGAGUUUCUCGACGAAGUGCUGCAACAGACAAGGGGAGUCUCGUUUAUGCUGCACUUGUGGCACAGCAAGUCGCACAAAGAGCGCAUCAAGCGGGGCACAAGGGCAGCGUAUACGCAAUACGCUCGACGUCAUUGUCCCAAAGCUUAUGCAGCAGCUGGUGAAUAUUUUUAAGGUUCAGCACAAUAAUUUAAUUGUUAGAGUAACUUAAUUAAGAGUGAGCAUAAAUUACGCAUUUACUAAAACGAAAUGAUGACGAAAAGCACUAGAUGCACUGCACCUGGGCAUAGCGCAGACAGGCGCCAAUGUUCUCCUCAGCGCUCCCCUUGCCCGGUGCAUCGCCCCCUCCAAAAUGAACGCCAAUGUAGAAGGGAGUGACGGUGCUUUCGAUGCGACACGGCCAGGUGCCCGUGGAGCAGAACUGAGAGCCACAAUGAACGGGCUCGCAGCCCGGCAAAGGUCCCAGUCCGGUGCCAAUGAAAUCCUCAAUGAUGCAGGGCAUCGUAAUGCGAUCCGCACACGUGCUAAAGAAUUGUCGCGCCUGCCGACGACGUCGCCGAUGUCGCAAAUCAAA